UGUAUACAAGAAUUUUUUGUUAAUAGCUAAAUCAUGAAAGUGAAAAUCAUGGUGAAAAAAGAUACUCCGUACAGAGGACUAGAGGAGAGAGUUGUAAAGGAUGAUGACAAAUGUUUCCUCCGUGUGCAAGUAAGUGCUGAAUGAAUACGUCACGAAAGCCGCCGCCAUUGUGGCGGUCUCUCUUCCUUCCCGCGUUUCGGCGAAUCCGCUAAGGUCGGGAAUUGUGAUGUUCAUGACUUUCCAUUGCUGUUGCUCUUUACCAUGUACUCCGUUUAGUAAUAGUAUGUGGUCAAAGUUUCCAUAACAAUUAUCACGAUCAUAAAACCAAAUCAAGUUCAAAUCGUUCAAGAAAAUCGUCCAUCUUUGAGAAUUCACCGGCCGCCAUGGAUUCUACUGUUUUCAGAAGCCUUUUGACCUCGUUGUUAAUCUACGCCGACAAGCCCUUCACGUUCUUCUCCGACAAAUACAAGCCUCUUCGGCUCAUUCGCGGCUUCGUUGUUUCAACUGUUCUCAUCUUCCUUCGCCUUUUGCCCUCGGUUUUCCCAAUUAAAAGCUUUAUCAGCGAAUUCCAAUUUAGAAAAGCAGGGAAUUCUCGUCACGCCGUCGUAGAUGGCGGCGGACGCGAUGCUGCUAUUGCCAGAGCGCUCACGCAACUCUUGUCCAUUGUGACUGAUAUUCCGGUGAGUUCCAGAAAGUACGAAGUCGCGAGAUCGUUGGCAGAGAAGUUUAUAGAUGAAAAUAAUUCGUACAAGGACGAUGUGUUAAGGGAAGUUAAUCGCACUGUGUUGACGUCUGCAUUUCGUCGGACGCUCAAGCAGCUCGAGUCCGCCGUCAUAGAAAGGACUCGCCUGGUGGAUCAGGAAGCCGGGACUCCAGACGGAGACGGCAGAGUCACGGAAGAUCACUACGGAGGGUUUCGCCGCUGCAUAAGAGCCGCUCGGUUCUAUUGGAAUUUAGUGUUGCGGCGUCGGAGCUCGAAGGAUUCGCUGAGCCGAUCGGAAGUAUCGGCUGAGAAGCUGGCAGCGGAAUUACUAUGGCUGGCUCAGAAAAUGACGGUUUGCGGCUGUGCGGAGGAGGCUCUUCGCAAGUGGUCUUCUGCUCAACAUCUGGCCUGGCUUUCUGUGUCUGCUGAGCCACGACUUCAAGGAGCGUUAAUCAGAGUCUCAG